CGUUGCAGAAAAGUAAGCACUUGACCAUCUUUACUACAACAGAAAGGCUCCUCUGCUUCCAUUCUUGAGUGAUCAAUCAAUCAACUAGUAGUACUCUUUUCCUAGGGAAAAAGAACAGAUUGUAGCAAAUACAAACAUGUCUUUAGGUUAUGCUGAGAAACUCUCAUUUAUAGAAGAUGUGGGCAAUGUUGGAAUGACUGAAUAUUUCGACCCACCUCACGUUUUGCAAGACAAAAUUGAGAGACUUGCUGUGAUGAUACAAAAGAGUAAGCAUUUAGUUGUGUUUACAGGAGCAGGAAUAUCCACUUCUUGUGGUAUACCUGAUUUUCGUGGUCCCAAGGGCAUUUGGACUCUUCAGAGAGAAGGGAAAGCGCUACCAGAAGCAUCUUUGCCAUUUCACCGUGCAACACCGAGCAUGACACACAUGGCCCUAGUUGAACUAGAGAAAGCGGGUUUUCUAAAGUUUACUAUAAGUCAGAACAUUGAUGGCCUCCAUCUUCGAUCUGGAAUUCCAAGGGAGAAGCUUGCAGAAUUACAUGGGGAUUCUUUUAUGGAACUAUGCCCUUCUUGUGGAAUUGAGUAUAUGAGGGAUUUUGAAAUAGAAACUAUUGGGUUGAAGGAAACUGCACGACGUUGUUCCAAGGUGGGCUGUGGUGCCAGACUUAGAGACACAGUUCUUGACUGGGAGGAUGCUCUACCUCCAAAGGAGAUGAAUCCAGCUGAGAGGCACUGCAAAAUGGCUGAUGUUGUGCUAUGUCUAGGAACAAGUUUGCAGAUCACCCCUGCCUGUAAUUUGCCUCUAAAAUCACUCAAAGGUGGU